AUCUUUUGUGCUUUUUGAGGUGAAAAGAAUGGCGGAGACCCGGAUCGGAAAUAGCGACAACGUCGUGUCCGUGGAGCUUCCUGCACCUGCUUCUUGGAAAAAGAUGUACAUUUCGAAGAAGGGAGGUACACCACGGAAGAAUGAGAUCUCAUUUAUUGCUCCCACUGGAGAGGAGAUUAAUAACCGGAAACAGCUGGAGCAGUACCUGAAAUCACACCCUGGAAGUCCUGCUAUAUCAGAAUUUGAUUGGAGCACUGGUGAGACUCCGAGAAGAUCAGCUAGGAUCAGUGAGAAGGUCAAAGCAACACCUCCGUCUAAAGAGAGUGAGCCACCCAAGAAACGUAGCAGGAAAUCUUCAGGUACAAAGAAGGGAAAAGAGAGUGACGCUGGAAAAGAAGAAAAUGAGGGCAAGCAAGAAGUUGAAAUGCAGGAAGCAGAAGUGGAUGGAAAGAAAGAGGAAAAAGAAAACGACACUGAUGAGCUGAAGGAAACUGAGGUUAAAAGUGAAGUUAAAAUGCAGGAAGAUGCAGCUGAAAAGAGUAAGCCUGAGGAAUCGAAAGAGAAUAACCCUGAGGAAAAUGUUGCAGCAGAAGUUGAGAUUCACACUGCUACUGAGGACAUUAUUGUUGACAAGGGUAGAAAUGAUGAACCUGACAAAGCUAAUGGUGCUGAAGAAGCUCCAAAAGUGGAAGAAAAAAAGGUUACUGGAAUUGAAGAACAACCAGAUUUAGUGGCUGCAGAACCUGGGGCUGAUGGUGAGAAACAGGAUAAAGUGGAAAGUAUCCCCGAGGGAGUAACCAAAACGGAGAUGUCCAAUGGUGUGGAACCUGAGUCUGCAGGAGAAGUUCAUGGAGUUGAGGAGCACAGCAGCAAAGCUCAUUCGCAGGUAGAGGAGCCAGAAAAGAAUGCCACCGAGAAUGGGAAGGUGAAUGAAAGUGGGGCAACAUUGGCUCCACGUCAUCCAUCUCCAACUGCUACUAGUUGUUGAUUGUUGUCAUAUAUCCUCUGUUGAUGUACCUUCUGAUUCUAACUUUGCAGACUAAAAUGACUGUAAUAUGGGUGAAUGAUUAGGUUAAGAUUUAUUUUAGAUAGGAAAUUGGCCUUUUGGACUGUCUAUUAUGUAGCAUUUGUUGUGGUUAUGAUGUAAAAUAAAUUGUUAUCUGUAGACAUGCUAUGAUAGUAUGCACAUCAUAGUAUUCCAAUAAGUAUGGAGAGAGACAGGACUCUCGUUAAAGCUGGUUUGUGCCUUUAACUCUU